AUGGCAUUAAACAUCGACUCUUUCGAACAACUUACGACCCGAAUCGGACGUCUGCGGAUGAGAAGAUGUGGUCCAACACCAGCUUUGACUAUCUUCGUCGCUUACACUCCAACACCAAGCUACGAAGAAGAAGAAAAAGUUGAAGCCUUCUAUAUGGAGCUGGAGAAGUUCUACGGAGAAGAUCAUGCCUUCUACAAGGUCAUAAUUGGCGAUUUCAACGCCAAAGUUGGCCCAAGAAGAACGCCGGAGGAACUUCACAUCGGGACCCACGGCCUACAAUGGAAUGACCAGGGGGAGAAGCUCUCUGAGUUCAUCAUGACUACUUAG